GUCGGAGAUGACGUCCCGGAUGCGCGGAAAUGCGCCUGUGCGAGCCAUGUGGCCACCAUCGCCGACUUCUUCCAGGGCGUGGAGGUCAUCGUCAACGCCAGCAGCCUGGAGGACAUCGACCCCUCGGCCAUCGGCCAGCGGCUGACCAACGGGACGGCGGCGGUGGCCAGUCCAGUCCUGGGCCGCCUCAAGACCCGAGAGGAAGAUCAUCCGGACGUGGGAACCGUCUACGAGAAGACCAACGCAGAGGUGGAGAUGAAGAAGAUCAACAGGGAGGAGUUCUGGGAACAGGCCAAGCGUGAGGAAGAGAUGAGGAAGGAGGAGGAGAAGAAGAAGGCUGCGGAGGAACGGCGGCGUUUUGAGGAGGAGCGGAUGGAGCUGGAGAGGCAGGAGCAGGAGAACCGGGAGAAGAGGUACCGCGAGAGGGAGCAGCAGAUCGAGGAGCACAGGAAGAAGAUGCAGGAGGAGGAGGAGGCGCGGGAGCGACUGAGGAGCCAGACCACCAUAGCAGCAGAGCCGAGCAUCGAAGACCUGAACCUGGACCGGAAGGAGUCGGAGGUGGAGGAGGCGAAGGCCAUCAUCGCCCAGCGCUCCGGGAACCCGCGGGAGUUCUUCAAGCUGAAGGAGCGAGCCAUGACCAUCAGCGUGGACACCUCCCCCGUCUCCAUCCACAGGCCCGGCCGCCUGGACAGCCCCUUCUUAAGGCAGCAGCACAGCCCCACUGCCACACCCCCUCUACGGGGCUCCUCCCCCCUCUGCACGCCGCCACCACGAGCUCGGACGCAGCCUGCUGCCACGGCUGGUAGGUACAGAGGAGGAGCGUGGACCCCCCCCCUCGCCCCCAGAACUGAUGAGGACAGAGACAACGAGGUCAGCUGUAGGAUAUACUGUCAGGACGGAUAUACUGUCAGCAGGGAUAUACUGUCAGCUGUAGGAUAUACUGUCAGGACGGAUAUACUGUCAGCAGGGAUAUACUGUCAGGACGAAUAUACUGUCUGGAGGGAUAUACUGUCAGGAGGGAUAUACUGUCAGGAGGGAUAUACUGUCAGGAGGGAUAUACUGUCAAGAGGGAUAUACUGUCAGCAGGGAUAUACUGUCAGGAGGGAUAUACCUUCAGGACGGAUAUACUGUCAGCAGGGAUAUACUGUCAGGAGGUAUAUACUGUCAAGAGGGAUAUACUGUCAGCUGUAGGAUAUACUGUCAGCAGGGAUAUACUGUCAGGACGAAUAUACUGUCUGGAGGGAUAUACUGUCAGGAGGGAUAUACUGUCAGGAGGGAUAUACUGUCAAGAGGGAUAUACUGUCAGCAGGGAUAUACUGUCAGGAGGGAUAUACUGUCAGCUGUAGGAUAUACUGUCAGGAGGGAUAUACUGUCAGGAGGGAUAUACAGUCAGCAGGGAUAUACUGUCAGGAGGGAUAUACUGUCAAGAGGGAUAUACAGUCAGCUGUAGGAUAUACUGUCA